AAUCAAACCUUUAUUUAUAGCCCUCCUCCAAGUAUUAAGGAUCUUGAAAUUUUAGUGUUGACAACGGCUAUUGUGGAACAGCAAUCAUGACUGUGGGUAAGAGUAGCAAGAUGCUGCAGCACAUUGACUAUAGAAUGAGAUGUAUCCUGCAAGAUGGAAGAAUCUUCAUUGGCACCUUUAAGGCUUUUGACAAGCAUAUGAAUUUGAUCCUCUGUGAUUGUGAUGAGUUCAGGAAGAUCAAGCCAAAGAAUGCAAAACAACCAGAACGUGAAGAAAAACGGGUUUUGGGCCUGGUCUUGCUACGUGGGGAGAAUUUAGUUUCCAUGACUGUGGAAGGUCCACCUCCUAAAGAUACUGGCAUUGCUCGUGUGCCUCUUGCUGGUGCGGCAGGUGGCCCUGGGGUUGGAAGAGCAGCUGGCAGAGGAGUACCAGCAGGUGUACCUAUUCCCCAAGCUCCUGCUGGAUUAGCAGGCCCUGUCCGAGGAGUUGGAGGCCCAUCCCAGCAGGUCAUGACACCACAGGGAAGAGGCACUGUUGCAGCUGCUGCUGUUGCUGCUACUGCCAGUAUUGCAGGAGCCCCAACCCAGUACCCACCAGGACGGGGAACUCCACCUCCACCUGUAGGCAGAGCAACCCCACCUCCAGGCAUUAUGGCUCCUCCACCUGGUAUGAGACCACCCAUGGGCCCACCCAUUGGCCUUCCCCCUGCUCGAGGGACACCGAUAGGCAUGCCCCCUCCUGGAAUGAGACCCCCUCCACCAGGAAUUAGAGGCCCACCUCCCCCAGGAAUGCGUCCACCAAGACCCUAAGACACAGUUGAUAAAUUUCAGCCCUUCUCUUUCCCUAUAAUGCUUCUUGUGAAAUUGUGUCGCCUGCAAGCUUUUUGACCCCUCUUACUGCAUUAACUAUAGAUAAUAAAUACAUAGAGCAAUUCAA